AUGGAUCGAAAUAGUCAAAGUAUUUUGUCAAUUCUUGAGGAAUCUGAUUUAGACAAAAACUCAUCUGAUAACGAUGAAUUGGAUAAAGAGGAUCACGUGAAUGUUUGUAGUCAGGCAAUCGAUACGGAACAAGAAAGCUCAGAAAGUGAUGACGAUAAUGUCUCGCUGAGUAAAAAUAGAAUGGAGUUGCAAUCCAGCGCGUCUUCGCUGCAACAACAGCCAGAAACAUCUUCAAGGCGUGAGGUAGGUCUACAAUAUUUUGGUAAAAAUGGGACAGUUUGA